AUGCCAUCGUAUCACUACUUUGGGAAAGAAGGAGAAGCCAUUCCAGAAGACGUGGAAGAGUUAGUGAUUCAUCCUCUCGUUGAAGAGAUUCCACGCACCGCUUGUUGCAAGUUCGAACACCUGACACGAGUCCAUUUCAACGGUUCCGCUCUCGAGGUCAUUGGAAGUGCUGCUUUCUAUGAUUGUACAAGAUUGUUGGAAAUCGAAAUUCCUGCGUCGGUGAAGAUUGUUCUAGAUUCUGCCUUCUCGAGUUGCAAGUCAUUGACAAAAGUUCGUUUUCAUGAAGAUGAUGGUUUGUUGACUACCAUUGGAGGGUCGGCAUUUGCCUAUUGCUCGUCACUGGCCGAAGUCAGAUUCCCUUCUAGUCUGAUGACCAUUCAUAAAGACGCCUUUCAUGAGUGCAGACUCUUAACAAGAGUGUUCUUCCAGGAGGGACUGAAAACAAUUGCGAGCAGUGCGUUUGGCCGCUGUGUCAACUUGGAAACAGUGGAUACUCCGAAAUCCCUUGAAAUGUUGGGCGGCGGUGCCUUUCAAUACUGCGCUUCUUUACAAGAUGUGACCAUCAAGGAAGGAGCGUUGAGAGUGAUUGAAAGGGGAGCCUUUCGGAACUGUAAUGAAGUUCAGAAUGGUCUCAAAUAUGUUGGAGAAAAAGUAUUUUACUUGUGUAAGAAAUUGCAAGCAGUUGCGCUACCGGGCUCGUUAGAAUUGAUUGGCGGCUCGGCGUUUGAAGGUUGUCCCAAGUUGGUUUCAGUGGAAUUGGGCGAUGGCCCUAGCACUGUGACGAUACAUGACGAGGCCUUUUUGGAAUGCAGGUCAUUGGUAAACAUUUGUCUCCCUUCCUCCGCAUCGAUACCAACCGCAACGACUACCGAAGCUGUGAGCGACAGCUUUGAAGGCUGCACAUCGCUGAAAAGUCUAUAUGACGACACAAACACCAUGCUUGCCCUGAGGCAUCGAUUCAAGAACUUUCCGAUACACAAGAAAUGUUACUACGCCUCUAUUACAACAACGGGUGAGCUCACUCGGGAGAUUGAGUUGUCAAUGCAAUCAUCACAAGACACUACCGGCGAUGACUUAUUGAUUGAUCCUUUCGGUAUGACACCAUUUCACGUUCUGCUGUCGGCUGCAUACUUUCGACUUGAUCUUUUGCAAGUUUUAUUAGAUGCUUAUCCGGCUAAUGUCCUUAGGUGGAAGGAUUUGAACGGAAAGACUGCAGUGGAAUACUACUAUCAACGAGGCUAUCAUCUUUCUGAAGACUCACAAACCAUAUUGCAAGCGGCUCUUCAUCGAUGGAUGGUGGGCUCUAUACGGAGUUGGGAUGGGUUGGAAGCAUGGACAGCGAACAUGUCUAGUAGGGUUGAUGCGAUUGUUGCUGAACACGUUGUGGAACGAAGACGAUAUUUGCUUCGAGAAGCAUCGAUGGCUCUGUCACGAUACGAGGAGGUCGAAGCCACGAGUUUGUUGGAGUUAUCUUUGUGGGAAAAUGAGAUGAAAUCGGCAAUUGAUGCAUCAGCAGAAAAUGGAGCGAGGGUCACAGUCUACAAGGAUGAAAGAGUAGCCUACCGUAUUCGAAGUGGUGCUUCAGUUGUCAUUCCGAAUGUGAUUGCAUUCCUUUUUUCAAAACAAUAA